UUGGUAAUCUUUUUUUCAGUGAAUCCAAGCUUCUGUAGUUAGCAGGCUCUUAGGAGUUUCCAUGGGAGAGUUCUUCGCUGGGUCCAUCUGAGACUUCCCGUAGCACUUUAAUGGAUUAAGUGGUUCCGAGAGUCGGACGUGGAACUUAUUGAGGUGGUUCCGAGAGCUCAUAUUUCUUUAAAUUGUACCAUGUUUGUGUUUCAUUAACGGAUAAAUUAAUUCAAUGGAUUUGUAAUCUGAGACGCAGCUUUUUUUUCUGCUGCAGCUAAUCUUCACCAUUGUCAGUGAGCAAUUAUAAUUCCUGACCUUGAACGAGGAUACUUUGCUUUUGGCUAGAGUUGUGGAAUCAAAUAAUGGGAAUUUCAAGAUGGUAAUUGGCUGCCUCUCACCUUCCAGGGGCUACUAGAUGGUUGCUAUGUCUGGAUUUACAAGAAAUGGAUGGUAUUGAAACUCUGACCAUGGUAACAGUGAAAAAGAUGAUUGUCACUCCACCUACAUCUCCCAGAAAGGUUGUUCCUCCUUUGCCCAGUGAGAUUUCUUUAAGCACUUCAUCCCUGGCUUGUGAUAUUCCUCCUCCUCCUCCACCCUUACCAGUAUGGUGUCUUCAGUCUAAUACACCACCUCCCCCACCACCAUUGCCAGGUGGUGGCCCUCCUCCCCCACCUCCUUUGCCUGGUUGGGGUCCUCCACCUCCUCCUCCUCCCCCACCUCCUUUGCCUGGCUGGGGUCCUCCACCUCCUCCUCCCCCACCUCCUUUGCCUGGCUGGGGUCCUCCACCUCCUCCUCCCCCACCUCCUUUGCCUGGCUGGGGUCCUCCACCUCCUCCUCCCCCACCUCCUUUGCCUGGCUGGGGUCCUCCACCUCCCCCUCCUUUGCCAGGUGGGGGUCCUCCUCCCCCUCCCCCUUUACCAGGUGUUGGACCUGCACCAUAUGGGUUUUCCAGAUUCUCUGAACAUAGGCGGUCCAAACUGAAGAACUUUAAUUGGGAGGCAAUACCAGAGGAGCGAGUAAGGGGGAAGCAGAAUGUCUGGACUGUAGCAAGCUUCCAGCAUGAAAUUGACAUGACUAGGAUGGAAGAAUUAUUUGGUCGGAAAGAAGAGCAGCAACUGAAACGCCGGGCUAGUUCAAGGAAGAGCUUCCAUGCAAAGGGUCCAAUUAAUACAGAGCAGGCUUCUCUGCUGGAUGAUAAGAAAAGUAUGAAUGUUGGAAUAUUCCUGAAGCAGUUCAAGAAGCCAGUGCAUGUGAUUGUUGAUGAUAUCCGAAAAGGUGAUGUAGCAUCAUAUGGAGCAGAAAAGCUGGCUGAGCUAUGCAAACUACUGCCUGAGAGAGACGAGGAGGUGAAGGUCUUUACGUCAUUCAAAGGAGACCGGAAUCGACUGACUCAACCUGACCAAUUCAUGGUUCUACUGCUUGACAUUCCAAGUUGUAUACAGAGGUUACAGAUGCUUAUUUUAAAAGAAGAGUUUUCACCACAGCUUUUGGCCUUGAAGACCUCUAUUCAUGUUAUGAGGAGUGCGUGUGAAGAUUACAUCAUUCUUGACGCAUCUUCUUAA